AUGAAUGGUAUCGGCCUGGCACACAGCAUGUCACAAGGCGUGCACGACCCUGAGCGAGACAUUUGCUCCCGAGCUGCAGUUUUCCUGUGGGUGGUUGUGAGGAUCAACAUGCAACACGGCGAGAGGAAGCGCGAUAUACCAAGGUGGAUCCGGGAGCUGGGGAGAGAAGACGAUUGGGGCGCCGGGCAGCUAAUACGCAUGUGUUCCUUCUUGUGUGGUGAUUGGCGGGAAGGGGAGGGACUCCCGGCUCCGCGCACGCUCUUUGGGUGGAGAGGGAGGGGCUGCGGGUGUCAGUGGCUUCAAGUGUCCGGGCCUGAAGCAUCCUUCAGAUACCUGUCCCUCCCUGAGCCUCAGGCCGCAGACCAGUUACCAAGGAUUUUGUACCCAAAGUCCAAAAGUUUGUUACCCAAGAUGAUGAAUGCUGACAUGGAUGCAGUUGAUGCUGAAAAUCAGGUGGAACUGGAAGAAAAAACACGACUUAUUAAUCAAGUGUUGGAACUCCAACACACACUUGAAGGUUUAGCACUGUCUUUUCUUAUAUAGUAGGAGAUACAAGAAAACCACCAUGUUGUGAAAAAGUGACCAAAAUCAUGUACUGAAUGCACAGCUUUAUGUACCCUGUCUACCAUCUUGUGCCUCUUCUCCAUUUGCUUCUUCCACCCCAUUUCCCUUCUCCUGAAGAAAAAAUUGGUUUCACAUUUGUAAGAACAAUUUUAGUAGUUAAUCAUUUAGGAGAGUAACCUGAAAUGUACUGUUGAAACUUAACCAAAAGUUAGGGCUUGUUAUUUGUUAAACAGCCAUGUGCCCACAUAAUGUUUCAGUCCGUGACAGACUGAAGAGACGACGGGUGGUACACCAUGUAGUGUAGGAGUGCGUAGUGGGCUAUACUAUCUAGAUUGUGUAAGUGCACUCUCUGGUGUGUGCUCAAUACAAUUCCCCUAUGACACUUUUCUCAGAACGUAUCCCUGUCAUUAAGCAGUGCAUGACUGUAUUUAAUACUGGGACUUAGGAUUGUUGGUUUUCCUUUAAUCAAUUGAAAACAGGCUAUAAAAAUGAAGAUUUUUGUUUUCCUUGAAGCUGAAUUAUCAAAUUGGGAAAAUUUGUUGUUGAAUAAAACUUCCUUUUAUAUAAAAUAACUUGGUAUCUGAAAAGAUGAGCUCUGGUUGUAUGUUUAAAACAGAAAAUUUUGAGGAAAAAUAGAAAUAGGAUGGAGAAAGUACCUGGUAAACAGAAGUAACCAACUCCAGAUGUCUUUACUCCAGAUUUGUGUUAUAUCUGGCACAGAUUAGAUCUUUUGGGGACUAUGUAUGAAAGUGGAUUAAGUUUGACUCACCCUAUGUAAACCACAUCUAGAAUAGUUACAAAGAGUUUGGUCUCAAAGUAUAUUUAUAGUAUCCAGCAGAUCAAUUUUUUGCAAAAUCCUUUGAGUGUAUUAGUAACAGAAUCAUGAAUAAAAUGGGAGAGUUUUACAUGUAUACUAAUUGAUAAUGUUCUCAGUAUUUUAUCUCACUACUUCUCCCAGACUUUUCUGUAAGCCCAACUACUUGGUAUGCAGAGUUUUAGUCUUUAACAAUUUUUUAAAAUUUAGUUUGUAGAUUCCAUUUACUAAGGAAAUUAAUAUCAGAAGUAAUGUUAAAAUGUUAAAUAGGAAAAGAGAUUCAUUAUUAUAGAUUAUAGUUAUUAGAUUUGGGCUUGGGCUACUUUUAAUCAUGGAAUAAUCAUGUUUGUAUUGGUGUACAAUUCGAUGAAUGACUUUAGCUGUAUGAAUAUAUAACCAUACUGCAAAACAUUUUGCAUCCCUUUUGUGACCUAACUUACAAAUGUUUAAAACUGUGUUGCAAUUUUGCUUUGCUGUUUAAUAAAAAGCUGUUUCAGAGAU